GCCCUCCCGCCCUUCGUUACAAAGCACAAACAAAUUUCGUCACUUUCUUUCUUAAAACGGGGUAAUCGGAAUACGUUAAUGGCGCCGAGGGAAAAAACGGCGGACGUAAAGGGAAACGGCAACGGAGAUAGUAAAGAGGCUCAUUUCAGAGGUGUACGUAAGCGUCCAUGGGGUCGUUACGCAGCUGAGAUCAGAGAUCCAGGGAAAAAGAGCCGUGUUUGGCUAGGAACUUUCGAUACGGCUGAGGAAGCCGCCAGAGCCUACGACGCCGCCGCCAGGGAGUUCCGCGGCGCCAAGGCGAAGACUAAUUUCCCCCUCCCCGGUGAAAUUCUCAACAUUGAAAGUAAUUAUAACAAUAAUGAUAAUAACAACAAUCAGAGCUCUAGCCAGAGUAGCACGGUGGAGUCAUCAAGCCGUGAGCCGACGUCACUCAAGCUCGAUUGUUCCCCAUUGGAUCUCAACCUCAGACGCGGGGCGGUUUCCGGGUACGGAUCUCCCGCCGUUCGGUUCCCUUUUUCGCCGGUCGUUGGUGUUUUCGACAACGGCGUUCCGGCUGUCAUGGCGAGUCCCCAAGUUUUUUACUUCGAUGCGUUGGCUCGGCCUAAUGUUGUGAAAGGACAGCAAUUCCAACUGUUGAGAUUCGAUCAUCGUGAUUAUCAUGAGACGUUCAACGGUGGUGAGGUACAGAGCGACUCGUAUUCAUCGUCCAUCGUUGAUCUAAACCACGACGAGAUCAAACGGCGUCCGCUUCUCGAUAUAGAUCUUAACCAGCCUGCCAUCGCCGAUGUCUAGAGCCGGAAAGCACUAAUUUUCCUUUUGAUGCGUUGAAAUUAUUAAUCUUUUUAGCC